UAUGUCUCAAAACUAGCCGCUAAAACAGCUCCACACUUCGGUAGGUUGAACCUCUCCAAUAUUAUUGCCUACACGCCAAACCUAAUGUUUUGGAGCGGAGCCUCGUGGGCAGGUCUUUUUGCUUUCACUGAAGGAUGGCCCUUGUUUCAAGACACUUUCUACAAGAAGUUGCCACUCUUCGGCUCGCACUGGGUGAAAACAAUCGAUCCUGAGGACAGCCCACAGUAA